ACAUGGCGAGUUCUUCCUCUUCCUGUUUAAUUUUCAUCCUCUCCUUUCCCCUCCUUCUUUAAACUUUUCUCUCCUCUUCUCUCUCAAACUUUUGUAUCUCCACUCAAAAUAUAUUACUUUCAAACCGAAGCGAAAAGGUAUUUUAAAAGAAAUCUUUUCAAUAAACUUCUAUUAAUAUCUCCAGGUUGAUCCUUUCAACAGUGAGUAUGAAUCAUCAAGGAAAUGUCACGUUACAAUUACAAUAUGAAUAUUCAAGAGAUGAAAGUAGAUCAAAUAUUACAGCAUUGAACACAGUAGAAAAUUUCAUCGAUCAAGACGUCGGGAGCGAAGUGCGAAGUUUUCCCACAUUACCACCAGAAAUGAUAUUUUCUCCUCACACCUCAAGAAGAAACACAAUACAAGAUGUAAUAACUACAGUAAAUGAAUCACAAGAAGCUUUGUCAGAUGGCAAAGAGCAACUUAUUAUUAACAUAGAACCAACAUCUCCUGUAAUGACUGAUAAUCAGGAUGUUAUUACCGCAUCUUCUUUGACAAAAGACACUAACACUUCAGAAAUAGAUAUCAAAAACAACUUUGUUGUCAAAUACCAUCCGCACUUAGAAGAUGCAGAAAAGCUUUCAGGUACUGCACCUAAUGUCAAAGAUAAAUCAAUUUCAGUUGUUCCGUUUGGUGAGAGAGAAGAGCUAUCUGAGUAUGUCCAUACAGAUUUUCAAUCUAUAAAAACGGGACAUUGUGACAAUAUAUCUCUCAGUACAUCUUCUGAUGGUGAUCGAUCUAAAGAUGACACACCAUGUUGCCGGAUCUGUCACGGUAGUAGCAGCGCAGGACAACUGUUAUCUCCAUGCUAUUGUAAGGGAACGCAAGGUCAAGUGCACAUAAAAUGUCUCGAACACUGGCUAAGUUGCACUGGAAGAACAAAAUGUGAAUUAUGCGGAUACCAGUUUGAGUUCACAGAACAAUCUAAAUCUUUCUCAGAAUUCAUCUUAUGUCCUGGAAACCGAUAUGUAAAGAACUUGCUUUUCUGUGACAUUUUAUGUUUUAUUUUAGUAACACCCCUAACUUUAGCAAGUGUAAGUCUUGUUAUCGCAACUGCUGCUCUUUUAGAUUGGAAGGCCUCAAUGGAAGUCAUAGGACUUAUACUAUUUGCAGUUUUUGUAAUAUUUCUCUAUAUUUUUUGGCUUAUAACAGCUUUGCGUUUUCAGAGGAACAUGUGGAGACACUGGAAAUUUCGUAACCGAGUCGUUCGUAUCAAAUUCGAAAAGUGCAAAACCUCAAAUUCUUCGCGAAGUUCUCCUUGGAGAAAUUUCCGUAAUCUAGAUAGACUUAGAAAUGAUGCCGAGGAUACAGUUUGCAGCACUUUUCAAAAUAAUCAACGUCCUGAUUCCUCAAAUGUUCAGAUAUGGUGCUCUGCUAAUAGUCAGAUUUUGGUGAUUCCGCGGGAACCUUUGGAAAGUUAAAUUCAAAAUUUCAGACUGUUAAUGCUAUGUUAAAUUUGCAGAACAACCUGAGAAGUUCAAAGAUAAAGGGAUUAUAUAAUCCAGAUUAAAAGCAGGGAAUGCAGAAAAUAUAUCUAAUACAGAAAGAUUUAUGAACA